CGGGAGGAGGUCAUCUCCGUGUCCCAGAAAUUGCCUCCCCUAAAUCUCACCCUCUGCCCACGUCUCCGUUCUCCGUCCUCACAUCAGGAAGAGAAGUCAGCGGCUGGAAGGCCCUCGCCGGAGCCGCGGGGCAGCCGAGCAUGCUCAGUAGCCGGGCCGCGCUGGGAGCGCACAGCAAGCUGUGGCUUGCACUAGGCUCGGGGCUCGUGCUGCAGCUGAUCCUUGUUCCUGGAAAGCUGAUCCGCGCUCCAUAACGUGCAGCUUUAGGAUUCUCUGGUGCAGCCGCGCGACAGCGGGCUCCCCGGGAGUCCGGCAGCCUGAGUCCCCGCCUGCUCCGCGCUGCGCCCUGGUGCCCACGCGUCAGCCCCCUGCUUCCAGCCGCUGCUGGAUGAUUGAGCAGAAAUGACAGGCUGGUGGUUAACCGUGAAGGGCGAGUGAGAGCCGCUUCUCUUCGGAUCCAGAGAGAGGAGGUGUGUCACGGAAGAGAGUGCCUGGGGAAGAGUCUUGCAGCAGCUCGGAUCGUCGCUUCUGUCUUCACUCCUCGUCACCCUGGCACUCCCUGCUCUUGUCCUGGGAAGGAUGGUUACAGCAGUAACGAAGCUCGUGCACUGCUUUCACCUCGGUCGCAGAUGCGGCCAGUACGCUAUGAACCAGGAAAUCACCAAAGUCACAGAGAAGCCUACAUUUGAUCGAUCAAGUUCCCAGGAUUCUAUGGAUGAAGUAUCUAUGGAGGACUAUUGGACUGAACUAGAAAAUAUCAAGAAAUCUAAUGAGAAUAGACAAGAUCAAAGAGUGAUGGUCGUCAAAGAGCCUGAUGAGGGAGAAUUGGAAGAAGAGUGGCUUAAGGAGGCCGGCUUGUCCAAUCUCUUCGGAGAGGCUGCUGGAGAUCCCCAAGAAAGCAUGGUGUUUUUAUCAACGUUGACCCGGACCCAGGCAGCAGCUGUUCAGAAGCGGGUAGAGACAGUCUCUCAGACCUUAAGGAAAAAAAACAAACAGUACCAGAUUCCUGACGUCAGAGACAUAUUUGCUCAACAGAGAGAGUCAAACGAAAAAGUUCCAGAUGGCACUGAAUCACAGUCAGUCAGAACAAAUGAAAACAAAUACCAAGGAAAAGAUGACCAAGUAUCUAGCCUAGUUGUUGGCGAAAAGAAGCUGAUCCCACUGGUUCCUGAGGAGGCACCUGCCUCUGAAACAGAUAUCAACCUGGAGGUAUCAUUUGCAGAGCAAGCAGUCAAUCAGAAAGAGAGCUCCAAGGAGAAGACCCGGAAGAGCAAAGGGGACGAUGCCCCAUUACUUAGUUUCAGAUUGCCAAAAGACAAAACAGGCACCACCAGGAUUGGUGACCUCGCAUCCCAGGACAUGAAGAAAGUUUGCCAUUUAGCCCUAAUUGAGCUGACUGCCCUCUAUGAUGUGUUGGGUGUUGAACUGAAGCAACAAAAAGCUGUGAAAAUCAAAACAAAAGAUUAUGGCCUUUUUGGUGUUCCAUUGACAAUAUUGUUAGAACAAGAUCAGAGAAAAGUACCAGGAACUCGAAUACCCUUGAUAUUUCAAAAACUGAUUUCUCGAAUUGAAGAGGGAGGUUUGGAAACUGAAGGCCUCUUGAGAAUACCUGGAGCUGCUACUAGGAUCAAGAAUCUUUGCCAAGAACUAGAAGCAAAGUUUUAUGAAGGUACUUUUAAUUGGGAAAGUGUCAAGCAGCAUGACGCAGCCAGCCUGCUGAAGCUCUUCAUCCGGGAGCUACCCCAGCCGCUGCUCAGCGUAGAAUAUCUCACAGCCUUUCAGGCCGUCCAGAAUCUUCCAACCAAGAAGCAGCAGCUACAGGCUUUGAACCUUCUUGUCAUCCUCCUACCCCACGCGAACAGAGACACGCUGAAGGCAUUGCUUGAAUUUCUCCAAAGAGUCAUAGACAGUAAAGAGAAAAAUAAGAUGACAGUCAUGAACGUAGCAAUGGUCAUGGCCCCGAACCUCUUCAUGUGUCACACGUUGGGUUUGAAGUCCAGCGAACAGCAGGAGUUUGUAAUGGCAUCUGGGACAGCUAAUAUCAUGCACUUAUUGAUUAAGUAUCAAAACCUUCUGUGGACAAUUCCCAAGUUUAUUGUCAACCAAGUGAGGAAGCAAAACACCGAAAAUCAUAGAAAAGAUAAAAAAGCCAUGAAGAAAUUGCUGAAGAAAAUGGCUUAUGACCGAGAAAAAUAUGAAAAGCAAGAUAAGACUACAAAUGAUGCUGACGUUCCUCAGGGAGUGAUUCGAGUGCAGGCUCCCCAUCUUUCGAAAGUUUCCAUGGCAAUACAGCUAACUGAAGAACUAAAAGCCAGUGAUGUACUUGCCAGGUUUCUCAGCCAAGAAAGUGGGAUAGCCCAGGCUCUCAAGAAAGGGGAAGUUUCUUUGUAUGAAGUUGGAGGAAAUAUUGGAGAACGCUGCCUCGAUGACGACACUUACAUGAAGGACUUAUAUCAGCUCAACCCAAAUGCUGAGUGGGUUAUAAAGUCAAAGGCAUCCUAGAAGAGUUAGCUGCACGUAACCACCAGGCCUUCCUUAAUAAUACUCGCUGAGUCAAGAGUGUUUAUAAAUAAAAGAAAUGACAGGACUCUUAUUAUUCAAAUGUGCCCAGCUAUUGAAUUUUGAGACUCAAGCCUUAAAAUGUUAUAGAUUUUUGCUGCUGCCAGGAUUAUGUUAAUUAUUAUUAUUAAUAUUAUUAUUAGAAAAUAAAUAUCUCUGGAGUGAGAGGGAAGGGGCUUAAUUAGCUUCUAGGCUAUUUUCAUAUACUCUGUGAAAUGUGUCUCAAUGUGACAUAGUUUUUUUUGUAUGAAAAUAUACUCUCUUCCCUCUCACUUUUUUCUCCUAAAAUCGUAUAUAUAGUAAUCCAUGCUUUCUCAUCUUUCUCUCCUUGUCACAUGUGCCUUUUCCCAAUUAAGUUUGCUUUUUAGCCAAAAAGAUGACAAAUACCAGGUGUGGCAAGUUGUGAAGACAGUAUGUCUUAUCCUGAAUUCAACAGUAUUCCUGUCACUAUUGAAUGUUAAUAUUCAUCUCUGUGAAUCAUUUGUUCAAACAAUAACAUCCCACUUCUUCCUGCUGUAUCACAUGAAGUGAUUUGCAUUUUUUUCAGUUUAUCUGAUGUAGGUGCACAGAACCCUAUCCACUAUCAAGAAAAUAGAACUGUCAGAAAUUGCCAAUUAUCACUGAACCGUUAAAUACUUAUAUACUAAGAAUAAAUAAAAUAUAUCCGUGUGGAGUAACUGGAUUAUAGAUAACAAGAAGUGAAAGCCAGAUCACGUCAUGUACACUGUACUCAUCUAAAUGAAAUUUAGAAGUCAUAGCUGGCUUUACCUAUUGUCAUAGUAGCAUUAUAAAUAUGCAUGGUAGUGUAAUCCAGUAAUGAGGGGUAAUGUAUUCUACCGAAAGAGGGAUGUUUUUACACAUCAAUACGUUUGCAGGAAGAGUUAUUCCUCUGGAUAUGACACAGUCAUAUGAACAAGCUUUUGUUUGUGUACUUAUUUUAAAUAAUCAGAGUAAAUUUAUUAAAAUGCUGUGGAAAGUACUAUUCCCAGGGAUUUUAAUGCACAAACCUAUCGUGACAAGAGAUGAGCCUCUGUACUGUAAAUAAGAAGCAUGAACUGAGAGAGAAAUGUUCAAUAUUUUAUGAGCUUACAGGGUAGUAAAUAAAAGGUGAUGUAAGUGAAUGUUGCACAAACUGUGUUUAUGAGACUUUUAGCAGUACUUUAGGAAGAAUUACACAUUCUCGGAAGCUCUUGAUGUCACUAAUUAGGAGGGAAAAUGCUGUUAAUGAGAGCAGUUGUAAAUUUUUAGCAUCUAAUUACAAGAGCAGCCUGUGGAUAUGAUCACUAAAUAACCCUGUGGUGAUUUAUGCCAUUGCUUUUUUAUUUAAAAAAUUUUUUUAUAAUUAAAUGCUUUUUUCUCAA